ACAAUUUGAACUGGCUGAGCGGGUUGGCGGUGAAAUGUUGGCGGAGAGAGCGAGGGGGCUGCUUAAGGAAGCAGAGGCUGCAAAAAGGAUCCAUGAAGAGGAUGAGAGUAUAUCAGAGGAGGGCCCUGCUGUUGUUCAGCAUGCAAUUGGUUUCCGAAGGAACCAGAAGAUGAUGUUUCGACAACUGAAGACCUGUGCUUUAUUCCUGGACAUGGUGAAAAACAGUAAUGUCAAGGAAAUUAAAGAACAUGUCCAGCAACAGGAUAUCCAGAAGAAACUAAAUGAAACAAGGCAAAAGUGGAAGAGUCUGAAAGCAGAAUGUCGAGUGCAAGAUGAAGAGCUGCAAAACAUCUCUACAAUCUCGUGGAAAUUCCAAGCUCUGGAGACAAAGCAGCAAGCUCUGAAGGAUGCUGUUCAGCUAUAUGAAACAAAGAAAUUACAGCUGGAAGAGGCUCUUCAACAGAAGAAGUUGCAACUUCAGGAGGAGCGGAAACUUACCUUGGCAAAAGAGAAGAGCCAAAUUGAACAGGCCAUUGAGGAAUGUUCUUUGUGCAUAAGCAGGUGUCACACUUUAAAACAAGAAGCAGAGCAAACAAUCCAGCUCUUGACAAAGGAGGGUUGCUGCAGUAACCGCACGCUUCCAUGUGAUUUUCACACACUGUCACAGCUCCAUGAGACUGUGAAAAGCCAGUCAGGCGUAAAAGUCCUUACGCUCUCUGAAAAUCAAAUUACUCUGCAGUUUGACCCUCGAGCCCUGAUCCCACUGACACAGCUCACUCCUCUUGUGCUGACUGUAAUUUGGACCACAGAUGGGAGAGUUAAAUUUGAGAGCAAUUGUGGCUUCCUUGACCUGUCUGAAAUGGAGUCUGUGGACCUACCGAACGUUACAGCUGAAAUCUGGAAACGUUACAUGAGCCAAGCUGAACUUUGGGGUGAAAUCCAGCACUUGCAGAACAGGUUUGCCAUUGAUUGGCUGGAGGACGAACGAAAGCUGAAGUUCUUGCAGUUGAUUGCUGGCAGUUCCUCAAAUGUUGUUUGCACAUUGUAUGUCGAGCAUGGUUACCCAGGCAACGGUGAGGUCAAGCUCAGCUCCAUUCAAGAAAAUAAUAAACCUAUCGAUACAGUAAUUAAGCCUCCACAGGCCAAGCCCUCACUAUCUGACUGGUUGGAAUAUCUUAAUAUGUUGGAGUGUUGGAAAGAAUAAAGGCUCUUUGUUAAUUUUAUAUGAAUGUUUAUUUGGACUCAGUGAACUGUAGAAAGUGAUCUCUCGCUUGCUGUCUCUUGCUCUCAUUUUUACUUGCACUUUUUCUCUCUAAUAAAUAUUUGUUUAUUACUGUC